ACAGGGCUUCAGUUGCAAUUUGACAUUCCUAGAAAGUGCAUGGGGUUAGCCUGGCUGGGUCAAAAGUUGUUCGUAAUAUAUAACUCACGCAAAGAAAAUACUAGUUAAAAGUACAUAUAUAGUUCCUUUCUAUCCGUCGUUAAGAAAUUGAAAUCGUGAUCGCAUUUCCCAGGUCAAGGCAUACAUUUUGGGUUUUUGGAUUUAAAUGAAUUACUUUUGCUUUAAGCCAUGAAUUGGGCCAUAUCAAAUUUAACCGGAAGUAAUCGGGUUAGUCGCGCUAUACUCGUGCGCUACUCACAAGUUCCUUUGGCCGAUGCCGAAUCAACACCGCAAACGCCUUCAUCGUCUUCCUCAAAAAGCCAUGAAAGCUCAUCAUCGUCCUUUGCUGCAACAUUUUUGCAUGCAUCACGACAUGUUCCUGGCCGUGCUGUGCCACGCGGCAAUAAUAACAACAAUCACCAUCAUCAUCAUCACCAUGCCACAGCAACAGCGGCAUCAAGUGCGGUUGCUGCUACUCAAAUAUCCUUGCCGUUGGAUGUUGAGGAGACUGUAACCUGUUUUUGUAGGUAAGUUUUUCAAUGAAAGAAUGAAUUUAAACUAGAACUACCAACUGCUACCAGCAAAGUGGACGACACAUCUUGAAUACAUUCAACCAAUUUUUGUUCUGGCGAUAUUCUAAAGGAAGACGAGAGAGAAAGUUGCAAUUACUAUUAUCUAAAUUAAAUUUUUUCAAUUCAUUUAUUAUACAGAAAUAUUUUUACAGAAAAGUUCACGUGAAAGUACAUGUUUUGAGAUCUAUCGACAAGAUAUAACAACAAAUAACUCUUAAAUUAUAAUUUAUACAAAAAUUAUGUUUGCAAAAUUUCGCAGUGACUAGGUUUUUAUAUGAGGUAAAAAGGGCAAAAAACCUUAAUUUAAAAUAAGAGGUAUUUUCAAACAUAAAUAGAAAAUGUAUAUGAAUUUAUGUACAAAAUUAUUAAGUAAAUAAUCGCCUGUAUCAUAGACUUUUCUGUUUGGUGAUUUAUUAGAGUCUACAGAGCACGCAUUUUGAUAAUAAAAUAAAAUAAUUUGCAUGCGUUGUUCGUUUGUAAGACGAUUCAUGUUUAAA